GGCGGCGGCGGGAACGGGAGGCCGGGGCUGAAGGCGUCUGCGCCCGGGGGCGAUGCUGCGGCUGUGGUGGGGGCUGAGGGUUGUGAGCUGCGGCCUGUCUGCCGCGGGGAGCGCGGCGUGCGGCGGGGCCCCGCUGCCUGGCGCUCUCGCAAUGGCUGAGGAUCUGAGAGCGGCAGUUGCCAGCCAGACGAAGAGACUGAGCAGCAGCAGCGAGGUGGUUGACGGGGUAGCAGAGAAUGGGCAUCAGAAUAAAAGGCUGAAGAGCGACGCGGACGAGGAAGAUGCAGAGGAUCAGAAUAAAAGGUCCCCCAAAAGGAAGAUUGUGUUGUUGAUGGCAUAUUCAGGGAAAGGCUACCAUGGGAUGCAAAGAAACGUAGGAUCUUCACAGUUCAAGACAAUUGAAGAUGACUUAGUAUCUGCCCUUGUUCAGUCAGGCUGCAUCCCAGAAAACCACGGGGAAGACAUGAAGAAAAUGUCUUUUCAGCGCUGUGCUCGAACAGAUAAGGGUGUGUCUGCAGCUGGACAGAUUGUGUCGUUAAAGGUCAGGCUAAUAGAUGACAUCUUAGAAAAGAUCAAUAACCAUCUUCCUUCUCACAUCAGAAUUCUGGGUCUGAAGAGAGUCACUGGGGGAUUCAACUCCAAGAACAAAUGUGAUGCCAGAACCUACUCUUACAUGCUGCCAACAUUUGCCUUUGCCCAUAAGGACCAUGAUGUGCAAGAAGAAGUUUAUCGACUGGACAAAGAGACUCUUGAAAAAGUCAAUAAACUGCUUGCGUGUUACAAAGGAACACACAACUUCCACAACUUCACAUCUCAGAAGGGACCCAGGGACCCCAGUGCCAAGCGGUACAUCAUGGAGAUGUACUGUGGAGAGCCCUUUGUGAGGGAAAACAUAGAGUUUGCAGUGAUCAAAGUGAAAGGUCAGAGUUUCAUGAUGCACCAAAUACGGAAGAUGAUUGGGCUGGUGAUAGCUAUUGUGAAGGGCUAUGCUGCUGAGUCUAUCAUAGAGCGCAGCUGGGGAGAGGAGAAAGUAGAUGUCCCCAAGGCCCCGGGACUCGGGCUGGUCUUGGAAAGAGUACACUUUGAAAAAUACAACAGACGUUUUGGAAAUGAUGGGCUGCAUGAGCCACUGGAGUGGACAGAGGAGGAGGAGAAGAUUGCUGUUUUCAAAGAGCAGUAUAUCUAUCCUACCAUUAUCAACACAGAAAAGGAGGAGAAAUCCAUGGCAAACUGGCUAAACACCCUCUCCAUUCAUGACUUCAACUCUUCCGCUGUUGGGAUGCAAGCGAACCACAAAAAUGCAAAGAACAGCAGCGAUCUCGAAGGCAGUGACGGUUGUGAUGAUGAUUCUGACUGAACCAGUCAGUAAGUGGCUGGAUGUGGGACCCUUACUGCUUGCAAUUCCCGUUGUCUACAAAAAAGUGGCCUUUCUAAAUCCAAGAACCCAGUAAAGCAGGGGUUUGUGUGCUUGCAGAACAAGGACCGGAUGCCCAGGAGAAACUGGGUGGGGAAGACAGUGCAGUAGAAAACGUAAAAGAAGCUUUUUAUACCACUGACUGAUUCAUCUGACUGAUAUACUUGAAAAUAGUGUAACAGAAAGAAGCUUUCUAAAAGAAUCUUGUAAUGCAGGAUAUCUUAAUUGCUAUUUGAAUAAUGUUUUUAUUAUGUUUACCUGGAAAAUAGUAUUUUAAAUAUGUGUAAUCUCUACAUAAAGAUGGGGCGAAUCAUUUUUAUAUACUCUUUUUUGAUUAUUAUUAUGAAGUUAUGACUCCAUGAACUUUUGAUUAUUUUUUUAGUAUUAUUUUCUUCACCUUUACUUAACCUGAUCUCUAAACACCAUUAAGCUUUUUUUUUUUUCCAUGUCAUCCAUGACUUUCCUGUGGAAUAACAUGCAUGGGUUAGGAACUCAUUAUCAUGCCGACUGCUGUGAAUUCUUUUGGUAUUAAAACAAAUUUUCUGCUUUUUCUAAAGCUUUGCAAUUCUAAAAGAAAUGGUUCCUUACUCAGUGAGAGGUCUUAAUUUUGGAAAGUAGACUGAACCAUAUAUUUCAAGAUGAAACCUUGUCUUUGGGACAGUACUGCCCAUGUGCUUGGCCAAACUCGAGGGUGUAGAUCCACAGCCACGUGUGUGAUUGGGCGUCUUCUGCCUGAGAUGUUGUUUCAUAGACUUGUAGUUGAGACAUUAGGAGAAGACGUAAAGUAAUUUUUAGGACUGCAAUUCAAAGUGUGCUGCCGUGAAGGUUGUAGUGUUGCCUGUGGUGGAUCACUAAAUGUGUUGCUGCUGGUUUAGUAUUUCUUGUUUUAGUGGAAAGUUAUCUACCUGCCUGAUAGAAUCAGGGUUGAAUCAAUUUAGCAUGCGUGCAAGAAAUGGUGCUGACUUUCUGUGGGCUUUAAUCAACUCUGCCUUCACUUUGUGUGUGUGAACUCUUAAUUCCCAUCAAGCUGCUCAGAACAGAGGAAUGUGUGCAAUGGUGCAGGAAGCACACAUCUGAGGACUGUAGUCUUUGGGACUCAAUUUUAAUUUUCUGUGUUUUGGGAAAUCUGCGUACUCUGGAGGUCUUGCUCUCCAUUCCCCAACUGUGGUUUGACUUUGGUUCUUGUUUCCAAUUCUCUGUGGAAGUGGCAGAAGAAAAAGCAAGUGAUGAAGGCAGCAGCCUUCCUGCCCUCCCUGCCCGUGGGACGCUUCUGGAAGCGGUGGGAUGAGGCUCUGCGAGCAUUUGGGUAUGGGUUCGAGUGCUUGAUGGGCUUCCUUGGCUGGGUCUGUAUGGAGACGUGCUCUAUAAUACGGUUGUUAUUGAAUACGAGGAGUCAGCUCUUUGCUCCUCCAUUCAGCGGUUUCUGGUCAAAGCCUCUCAUUUUAUGGCUCCUUCUGGAAUUUUUUUUCUUUCUUAUUUUUGCCAGAGCGCAGCUGUCCCUGACAGAGGGAUUUGCUUGUUUAUUUUAUCUGGGUUUUAGUCAGUGGUUUUUAUUUUGUUGUGACGGGCUCGCUCCAUGUAAAGGAGCGAGUGUGUAAGUGUUCUGGGGGGGACUCUGCCCGGGGCUCCAUCUCUGCCCCUUGCUGGCUCGUGCUGUUGACCUCGUCUGCGUUGGUCUUCUACCCCACAGCUCUGUCUUUCUACCCCUUUCCAUCUGAGAAAAACACUUUGGGGGCCUUUGUUAUAAGCCAAUAAAACUGACGUAUAGCUCAGCUGAAAUCAAUGAGGAUUUCUAUUUAUAGCCUUCGGAGAAAACAUAAUAAAAAAGGGUAUUUCUUA